AUGAGUCGGUCUGGUGAAGAAGUCCGCCAAAAAUGGAUCGAUAUUCAAUUGCACACAUUUACAAAUUGGGUUAAUGAGCAGCUGCAAGGCCCAAUUAUACGUGAUUUGAAACGCGACUUUUCUGACGGAGUCAACCUCAUUCGUCUUGUUGAAGUUCUACAAUGCCGACGAUACUAUGGAAAAGUUUACGAUCAGAAUCCCACCGAAAUUCAAAAGCUUAUGAAUGUGCAAAUGGCAUUGGACGCACUCAGAGAGGACAGUGUGAAAACUGUAAAUAUUGGGAGUCAUGAUAUUGUCGACGGAAACGAAAAAUUAAUUCUUGGAUUAAUUUGGUGCUUAGUUCAACGAUAUCAAAUUGCAAGUAAAACGAAAAUUCCCGCAAAGAAGCUGGUGAUGGCAUGGAUUCAGAGUGCUCUUCCGGAAUUGAAAAUAACCAAUUUUCGUACCAAUUGGAACGAUGGACGUGCUUUGAGUGCGCUUUUGGAAUAUUGCCAACCUGGCUUAUGUCCUGAAUGGCGAGCUCUUAAUCCCAACCAAGCAUUCGAAAACUGCGAACGAGCAUUAUUACUAGCCGAGCGUUAUUUGGAAAUCCCGCGCAUUAUUUCCGCCGAACAUUUAUCGUCUCCUCAUCUCGACGAGCUUUCUUGCCUUACUUAUUUAUCCUACUUCAUCACAAAAGGUGCUCCUGGAUAUCGUGCCACACUACAAAAAGUCAAAAUGCUCAUUCCCGAUUGCAAUGUAGAAGACUUGGAGCAUUCAUGGGGUGAUGGUUAUUUAUUAUCACUGCUGGUUGAAGCUUGUGGUGGAAGUGUGCCAGAAUUAGAACGAAUGCAAUUUGAGACCUUUUCGGAUUUUGUAAACAACGUGGCAAUUGCGCUCGAUGCGGCUGCUGAAAUUGGAAUCGGUUCUCUAAUUGGCCCCGAGGAUAUUGCUGAUUCACAAGGAGAACAUCUCGGUACAAUGGCUCUGGUGGCCGCCCUUUGCUCAAUUCCCAUAGGAAUGUCAAGUUUAUCCGAAAACAUAACUGAUUGCUACACAAAUCAGCAGGUAAAUCUGGAUCUGGCUUUCGCUGAAGGAAGUGAAGUCCGAAUGGACGACCUCGAAAUAAGAAUUUUCGAUCCAAAUAAUCGGCUUCUUGAAAAUGAAGAGAUUUGCCUGCGCAAAAGUCGCACUAGUCAAGGAGCUGUGUUAUCAUUGAUUCCGACGAACCCUGGAUAUUAUCAGAUCCGCAUCUACUGCCAAGGGGCUGAGCUUCCAGCGAGUCCCAUCACACUUCACGUGCACACGCAGCAAGAAACGCGUAGCACUUCACGAGCCGCAUCGACCGCAUUUCCGGAGAAUCGCUCGCCGUCGGCGCCUCCAGCCCAACAACAAUCGCCAAAUCCGCCGGAUUCGGAGGUCGACAUCUCGCACCAAUCGUUCGCGCAGAGAAGACUACAUAUCAUUAAACAGCUUGAAGCGCAACACGUGAAUCAUAUCGCGCAGACCAAAUCGCAACAACCGUCGGUUCCACAUAAUUCGAAUCCGCGUGAUUGGGAGAAAGAAAAACAACUUCCGACCCAAAUACAAAUAAGUGAUCAAGAAGCACCGCGUACGACUUCUAAUAUCCCACCACCCCCUCCAAUCCCAAUUACUCUCGAAGCUUCUGCGUUCAAGGAGAUGCCACUUAAAAGAUCAAGCGAUGUUGGCCUUGUUUCGUUCUCGGGACUCACAGAGCCAUGCUCGGUUGGAUCAAUUGUGGAAGUUGUGAUCAAUGCUCAUGGCGACGCGGUUUCUGGAGACGUUUACGUCGAAGCCGUAUCGCCAACUGGCAGCAUAAAUCCGUGUACGGUGCGCCAACACGACAACUCCUACAUGGCGACAUUUACCCCACAUGAAGUUGGGCUUUGGAGAAUUGGCAUUCUUUAUGAUGGAGAACAUAUCAAAGGCAGUCCAUUCGCUUGCCAGGUUUUUGAUGCCUGCCUUGUUAAUGUCUAUGGUCUUGACGUCGGCUUGGUCGGACAAGAACUUCGCUUUACCGUUGAUACCACUCAGGCUGGUCAUGGAGCAUUGAAUGUAUCAAUCUACCGGCACGGAAAAGAAGUUCCAAAUCAAAUAAUCGAAGAAGGUAAUUCGAGAGUCUAUCAAGUGGCAUUCAUACCAGACGGAGCGGGACAAUAUAAGAUCCACGUGGUAUUUAACAAAAUGGAUAUUAAAGGUUCACCGUUCAUCCUUGACAUUGCCGAUGCCUCUUCGGUAUCGGUAUACGGCGAGAAUCUAAGAUCUGCAACUGUUGACAAAUUGGCAACAUUUAUGGUACACGCGGUUGGCGCUGAUAUCAAAGACAUUAGGACCACAGUGACAGCCCCAUCGGGUACUGAGUUUCCGGCCAGGGUUGUUAUACUCGAUGAUGUUACAUUCCAAAUCGAAUGGAUGCCCAAAGAACCCGGCGAGCAUAUAGUGGAUGUGAUGCUGGCGGAUCAAAGUGUCGCUGAUUCGCCGUUCCUUUGCAAUGUCGGUGCACCCGAUCUCGUCCACGUGCGCAAUAUGCCACGUCGAAUUCUACCGGCCAAUCUAAACGCGGAUCACUCCUUCGAAAUUGACGCUUCCGCUGCGGGAUCAGGCAACCUUGAAAUCAUGAUCAACGGCGGACGGGUGCCAUGCCGCGUCAAAGAACUUGGCAGCCGUCAAUACAUGGCAAUAUUCACCCCGACACAGUCAAUCACGCAUACAAUUGAAAUGCGAUUUAAUGGCGAACAUGUGUCGGGAAGUCCUUGGAAACUGCCAGUUGAAGAUCGCGGCGAGAGGCGAAAAGACAUGGAAAAAACUAUUUCAUAUUAUUCCGAACUCUCGGGUCCUGGAUUAGUUCGAGCGCCUGUUAAUAGAAUUGCCACAUUCGACAUCACCGGUGAAGGAUUAGACGUCAAUGAUAUUCAGGCAAAAAUUUUUGGACCUGACGGCACUGAAAUUCCAAUUCGCAUCAUUCCAAGAGCGUCUGGAAAGUUCACCGCCGAAUAUCGCGUCGAUCAGGUCGGUGAACAUCAAUUGACGGUUUGGAUCGCUGGCCGGAAAGUGGACGGCUCGCCACUUUCAGUUGCUGGCUAUGCAACCGAAAACGUGCGCAUCGAACCAUUGGGUGGAAGUGUGCCGAAUCAGCCAGUUCAGUUUGAGGGAGCCGGACUACCCAUGGAAAGCGCGCGAUCGCAUCCAAGCUAUUAUUCUCAGUUAUACGUUAUUCCUGCAGUUGAUGCCGUCGAAGCUGGAAAAGGACAACUCGAGAUAUCCGUGAAUCAGGGAAGAGUGCCAAACAAUGUUCAAAUGCAAGGAGCUGGCAGAUGUCUUGUCACAUUCAUUCCGCAGCAUCCUGGUACUUAUGUGAUUGACGUGACAUUCAAUGGAGAACAAGUGCACGGGUGUCCAAUCAAAGUGGAAAUCUUGCCAAAACAAGUGGGUCAACAAAUCUCCGCCAACUUGACGCCAACCGCUGUUUCAACGGCAAUUUCGGCAGGUGGAACGUCAUCGAUCGCUGGAGCUUUUCGUCACACUUCCAGAUCGCCGUUGUCGCCGGCGUCACCGACGUCGCCGACACUCCUACAGCAUGCAAGACAACGAAGCGAAGAAACGAUGUUGCGAAGCCCAACAAUGCUUCGCGAAUCGAGGAGUCCUGCAAAACCAUGGAAAUCUUCGUAUGCGCCGACAUCAACCAGAAACGCGUUCUCUCAAUCACCGCAUCGCGAAUGGAGUGCGACAACAGUUUAUGAUCGAGUUUAUGGAAGUAAUAGCGAUGUUGAUCGCACAUUGUCACCAAGCGAUCCCUCAAGACGACAGAACAUCCGUGAAACCACGACUAUAAUUCGCAGAACACCAUCACCAACAGGAGUUCGCUCUCAACAAAUCACAGAGACACAUACUAGAACCAUUCAUCGAUCGCCAUCUCCUCCAAGAGGCCCUACAUUUGGAAAUGUUAGGACGAAAGAGUUUGGUGAACGCAUUGUACGAUCGCCAUCUCCUACAAAAUACGAACGCGAGUUCAUCGAGAAACGAACAACCUUCAGAUCGCCAUCGCCACCGAGAACAUCUAGCGUGGCCAACUCGCACAUCAGCGAGACAGCUCUUUCUCCAAUUCAUGGUGAAUCUCCAUUUGACAGCGAUCGUCAUCGUCAUGUUGAAAAGCAUGAUCCACUUGCGGACGAGGAAGAAAGAGAAUAUCGUCGUGCUCAAGCCGAGCUUGAUCGUCAAAGAGUUGGUUUCACUGUCGCCCAAUAUGGUGGAGAUCGCGAAACACCGGAGAAACGCUAUUUCGGUGACACGAUUGAAAGAAGAUCGCAUGGAAUGGGAAUCCAGUCAACCCUUCAGAAAUCGUCAUCCCCCGAUUAUUCGGAAGUUUAUGAUCGAUAUGAGCCAAAGCCCGAACUGCAUGCAAAGCAAAAUGUGGAUGAUAAGGUUCCAAAGAUUGAAGGACGAGUAUCUGCAAAUUACAAAGGUCAUGAACCGGUUUACACUGAAGUCACCACAACGAGAACUACGACUACUACCGAAUAUGAAAAUAUUGAUAGAAAGCCAGAAGUGCCACGACGUGUUGUAACUCCUGAAGGACACUUGGAAACGGCCUCUGAUGAUGGCCUUAAUGAUGUUCACUCGCAUCAAAGGGACCAAUUCACGCGAACUCAAUCAGAAAAAACAUUCGAAGAUGCGCAACCACAUAAACUGCAUCGGACUGAGGAAAAGGAAUCCAUCUAUGAUUUGCCACCACAAGAAACAUUGAAACGGCAUCCGGAAGAGCCAGAAGUGUCGUUGAAAUCGAAGCCACAAGUUGAUAAUUAUGGAACACUUGAUAGCAAUCCUGACUACGCCAGAAUUCUUUAUGUUGCUGUGACAGAAGACAAAAUCGCUCAACGCCAACAAGACUACAUUCGCUCAAAACAUGACGAUGAUAAAAGAGCUAAUAAUAUAACAGAGCCAGUUAAAACGGAAAUUCGUGAAUCUAGUUACAUUCACUCGAAAAAUGAGGACAGUACCGAUAGUAGAAUCCAUCGACCAGAACCGGCAAUCAGUGAAGCCGAUCUUUCGAAGCGCACCCAAGAAUAUUUGAGAGUUCGCAGCGAGGAUGAAAAAAUUUUUGCCAAACACGGGCUCACGAAGAAGAAUGACCCAUCUAUUGAAAUUCAAGAGCCUAUCACGGAGGCAAUUCGCGAUGACGUCGUUGAAGCCGCGAAACCGCCAGAAGAAGUUUUGCGACCGUCUGAGGAGCUUGCUCAAUCUCCAGCUCCAUCAACUCGCUCAACUCCCGCUACCACGCCCAAACUGUCUGCCAAAUUCAAGAAAGACGGGAAACCAUUUGAUUUUGGAAAGUCGAAAUUCAGCUGCAAACAUGAUGUAAUUCGACGUGGAAAAGAAGUUGAAGUCAAAUUGGAAGGGCUUAAACUCGGCAAAGAUGACAAACUUCGGGUUGUUGUUCUUCCUCCCGCAAACAAGGGCCUUGGCGCCACACCAAAUGGUGCAGCAGCUGAAAUCGAAACAAAAGUUAAGAAAAGCAGCAGCAAAUAUGAGAUUUCCUUCAAACCAACUGACGUCGGAACUCACAAGAUCUUUGCCUACGUCAAUGAAAUCCAACAUCCAUUGUCACCAUUUGCCGUUCGAGUUUACGAUGCUUCCGAGAUUAUUGUUGGAGAAAUCCCAUCAUUGUCUCAUUUGAACGACACUGUUGAAUUCACCGUUGACGCUGGACGUGCUGGAUUCGGUAAUCUUGAGAUGGCAAUAAAAGACGCCGACGGAGUCAUUAUUCCAUCUCAUGUUGCUCAACUUGAAAGCGGGUCGGCCAAAUUCUUGGUCACAUUUACUCCAGCCACCAAAGGACCUCAUACAGUUAAUAUCACUUUCAACAAGGAGGUUCUGAAAAAUUCUCCAUUCGAAGUCAACAUUGUUGAGCCACUACAACAACAAAAUCUGCAGCAGCAGCAGACCAUUUCGGAGAACAUUGUCGCUUCACCGACUCUCAGCAAAAAGGAAUUGAAGGAACAAGAAAAAGAAAAGAAAAGAGAGGAAAAAGAGCGUGCAAAACGCGAGAAAGAAGAGCGGGCGACAUUGAAAAAGGACAAAAAGAAUAAGAGCCACCGAUUCCCGCAGAAGACUUCGGUUUCAAAAAUUCCAUCGCUUUCUCGUGUGGGACAACCUUCUUCAAUUGUUGUAGACGUUUCCGGUCAUGAUCAGCUUGAAAUUCGUGUGCUCGAUAGCAAGAAAAAUGAAAUUGGAACUGAAAUUGUUGAAAUUGAACCAGGAAGCAUGCAAAUUAAUUUCACUCCUGUUACUGUUGGAGACCAUGAAAUUGAUGUGAAAUACGGAGGUGUACCGGUAACCGGAUCUCCAUUCACUUGCCGUGCCUAUGAUCCCGCAAAAAUCAAAGUCGGAGCGAUUCCCAAGGGACUUUUGGAUAAACCAGUUUACUUCACAGUUGAUGCUUCUGAAGCUGGCGUAGGUAACUUGGAAGUUGCUGUGUGCGACGGACGAGUUCCAUCCAUGGCCCAUGCACUGGGACAGCACAAAUACGACAUCAGUUUUGUGCCAAAAGAGAACAUUGAUCAUUCAAUAACUGUUCGAUUCAACAACGAACCGGUUCCAGGAUCACCAUUUACUUGUCAUCUUGUGUCUUCGACCCAAGCAACUGCAGUUGGAGCUGGACUUGAGAGAGUCGCUGUUGAUGAAAAGACUGAAAUUGAAAUCCAAACUGAUGAUCAAGAAGCAGUUCCAAGUGUUCGCGUACGCGACCCACAAGCCAACGAUCUUCCAGUGAAUGUAACAAGAAGCAAGGAUAAUGAGACCCUUCACAUUGCAACAUAUACACCAAAAUGCGUCGGAAACCAUCAAAUCGAUAUUUCGAUUAAUGGAGAACCAAUUGCGGGAUCACCUUACACCGCGAAGGCAUAUGACGCCAGAAAAGCCUUGUUGACUCCCCCAACUCACGCUGUUGUUGGAAAACCAGCUACAUUUGUUAUCGAUGCGGCUCGUGCUGGAGCUGGAAACAUGGAGAUCAUUGUUUCAGUUGAUAAUCGCAAUGUUCCCAAUUUUGUCCAAGCUGAAGGUCAAGCACGCUUCAAAGUGUCUUUCACACCACAAGAGCCGAAAGAACAUGUUAUCAGUGUCAAGUUCAAUGGAAGCAGCGUGACAGGUUCGCCACUUCGAUGUGAAGUUGCUCCAGCCGGCGCGGGUGAAUCGGCACACAUGAUUGGAGCCGCUGCUCUUGCGAAAUCACCAAAAUCUGAGCGCGAAGUCAGCAAAACCACAGCACUCAAGAAAACACCUGAAAUCAAAGAGGUCGUCGAGAAAAGUGGAUUGGCUCGCGAACUUCACUCGGCUCAAGUUGGGCAAAAGAAAGGAUUCACAAUCGACAAUAUCAACAAAUUAACAGACUGCAAUGUGGUCAUUACAGCUCCUGAUGGAAAUCACUUACCCGUGGAAAUUCAAAAAUCUUCGACGUCAGUUUACGUGGAAUUCACAACUUACAUGAAAGGUGAUCAUUUGGUUGAAGUUUACCUCGAUCAUGAGAUUAUCGAUUCGUUUAUGAUAAAAAGCCGAGAGGAGCGUCAUACGCUUCCGCAAGCUUGCUUAGUUGGAAUGAAAUACGCAUUUGAUGUUAACUCUGAUGAUAAAAAUCAAGUACGGGUUACGAUUCGUGAACCGUCAGGUCGAAUGUUACCUGUUCAAAUGGAAGAUUUGCCGGAUGGAGGGGUUCGUGUGUCUUGCCGAUUCAAGGAAAUUGGUUCACACACAAUUGAUGUAUUUGUGAAUGAUCAGCCAAUUGGAGAGCGACGCAUUCAGUCGGUUAUUGAUCCGUUGAAUGGAGCUCAAUUGGUAUCAGAACCGAAGGCAGAGAUUGUCGGUGAACAAAGCGAAUUGAAAAUCCUUAUUGAUUCCGGUGUGGAAUCUGAAGUGGAAGUGAUAAUUGAAGGGCCCGAUCGUGAGGAAAAUGAGGUCACAAUGAAAAAAGUAUCGGAAACUCUUUGGUCAGCCAGAUGGACGCCAAAAGUUGAAGGAGAGCAUGAGUUGAUAAUAACAGUAGCUGGAGAACAGAUCCCCGGAUCUCCAUUCCCGAUUCAUGUUAUCGAUCCCUCAUCGGUUAGACUACAUGGGCUCAAGAGCGCUCCAGUAGGAGUCGAGCAGCAGUUUAGUGUCGAUUACACAAACUCUGGCGCUCACAGCUCAUUCGUCGAAGUUUCGCACGGCGAUCAAUCAGUACCUGUGACAGUGAAAAAAGUGAAACCCGGACUUCUACUCUGCACUUUCACACCAGUUGUUAGCGGCCCACAUAGGAUUGACGUUUCCAUUGACGGCGUGUCUUCUUCUGAAGGACCCUAUGAGGUGUUUAUAAGCAAUUUGGGAACAGUUCGAGCAUCGGGCGAUGCCUUGAAAAAAGCUCAGAAAGGGCGAACCACCCGAUUUGAAGUGAUAAACUGUGACCAAAAUCGAGGAGAACUCGAUGUCAUGGUUUCAGAUCCAAAAGGAGGGCCACUUCCAGUCAGAUGUUACAAGCAGCAAGAUGACAGCUAUUGGGUUGAGUUCACUCCAGAACAUCUUGGAACCCACAAAAUUGAGGUAACUUUCGGAGAUGUUGCUGUUCCAGGAUCACCAUUCACAUGUGAGGUGGUUGAUCCGAAGAAGGUUGAAGUUCGUGGAUUGUCUGAGAAUAUUGUUCUCCGUCAUGCUACUACAAUUAAUGUUAAUCGCACAAAUGCUGGACCUGGCGACUUGCAGGUCGAAGUUACGGAUCCAAAUGGUGCACCAUUGAAAACAGAAGUCUUAAAGUCUCCAGCUGGAGAGGAUCGUAUUACGUUUUUGCCAAAUCGCACCGGACCCCACAAAAUCAAUGUGAAGGUGGCUGGAUUCCAAGUGCCAGGAUAUCCGCAGGUGGUCAAUGUCAGCGAGCAAGAAAAACCGAGUGUUUACGGCGCCGCUGUUGACCAGUCAAUCAAAAUUAAUGAACCAGCUUCAUUGAUAUUCGAUCCGAAAUCAUCACAUGGAGGAUUGAAGGUUCUUGUGACCAAUCCACUCGGCGAAAAAGUUCGCCACAAUGUCAUGCGUAGACCAAAUGGUACUUCGGAAGUAGCCUUUUAUCCCGAGGAAGUUGGCGCGUACAAAGUCAAAAUUGAUUUCAACAACAAACCGAUAUCAGGAAGCCCAUUCACUGUUCUCGUUGUCGACACAACUAAGGUAAUUGUCAAUGACUUGGACAUGGAUCGCGACGGCUCGUUGCUUCUUCGUCUUGGACAUUCAAACUCAUUCGAUGUUGACGCAACGGCAGCCGGACCCGGCAAACUUCGCGCGGAAGUUCGGGACUCUGACAGUACUUUGGUCACAGAUGGCCCGGCUGUCGAAGACUUGGGAGAGGGAAAAUACCGCGUUCGAUUCAACCCGAAGCACGCUGGAAAGUACUCAAUUUUCUUGUACUGGAACGAGCUUCCAGUUGAGAGCGCCUUCCCCGUUCGAGCCAGGUCAUCUGCUGAAGACUUGCCAACAACAUCAAGAGCUGUUCGUGAGCCUGUUGCACCAUUGUCGUCGGCACAUGGAAGAGAAAAGUCGACUAGCGAGGAGGAUAUUGGCCGAAUUAUGGUUCGUGGUGAUGGACUGCAUCGAGCAGCAUUGAAGGAAAAUAACGAAUUCAUCAUCGACGGAAGUGAUAUCAUCCAAGAGGGCCGCAUCACUGCAACUCUUCUCGGAACUAGAGCUGAUAUCCCAGUUAGAAUUCAGAAGAUUGGACACAAUGUAUUCAAGGCCUCGUACACUCCAUUAACUGGAGGAACCUAUGAACUUCAUAUUCUUUGGAAUGGCAAACACCUCAACGGAUCGCCAUUCAAUGUGACAGCCGAUACAUCGGCUCAUCCAGCCGAUUUAAUCGGUGUCGACGCGUCCUCCUUGAAGAUUGGAAUUAUCAAUGAGAACAUCAAGACAAUCAUCGAUACCCGACGUGCUGGACCAGGACAACUUUCCGCUCAUUGCAUGGGACCAGUCAAGCCAGCUUAUUGUGAACUCUACGAUCAUCGUGAUGGAACUUAUACGCUUUGCGUUAGACCGGCUGAGAUCGGAAAACAUACACUGGUGAUCAAAUACAAUGAUGAGCAUGUGAAGGGAAGUCCAUUCUUGGUUCACGUCUCACUCCCACCAGAUCCGUCAAAAGUCCGAGUUUACGGUCCAGGAGUGGAGCACGGAAUUCUUUCUCUUUUCAAGUCUAACUUUGUUGUGGAGACAAGAGGAGCUGGAGCUGGACAACUUACUGUUCGAGUCAGAGGACCAAAGGGGGCCUUCAACGUUGAGAUGCAACGUGAGAAAAAGAAUGAGAGAACGAUUCACUGCAAAUAUGAGCCAAAAGAGCCAGGAGACUAUCAGGUCGAGGUCAAAUGGCACGGCGAUCAUGUUCCGGGAAGUCCAUUCCUUGUCAUGAUUGUCGACACUGAGCAGGAAUUGUCUCGAUUCCUUCGCGGUGAAGCUCCGUCCCCAACGCCAGCGACACCAUUCAUUCCUCCAGGAUGGGUUGGACCACCACCGCCAAUGUUUCAUGUUCCGCCGGGACAACGUCCACAAGGAUUUGUCUCACCAAUGGGACCUCCACCUAGUACACCAAUGAUUCCUUAUGGUGCACCGCCACCACCAAAACAUAAAUCGCGAAACCAUUAA